AUGGCCAGCUCGCUCACCGUCUCCGGUAGUCCCGUCUCCCUGUCGCAACUUGCUGAUCAUCUACAGGCGCAAGAGUUCAUACACUCUGAUGACUUUGCAGUGGAGUCCAGCGCAGGUGGCAGCCCGUCGGCGUUCUUUGCGGGGCACGGCAGAAAUAACGGAGACCAAGGAUCCGGUGGUCGCACUGCUUCCGGCGGUCGUGGACGGCACGGUCGUGGCAGGGGGAACAACAAUGGCCGAGGGCGCGGCGGCACACCCCGUUGCCAAAUCUGCAAAUCACACGGCCAUACGGCCGUGAAUUGUUUUAAGCGUUAUGCUGAGCGUCCACAGCCGCAUGCAGGUCAAGCCAAUGUUGCGGUCACAGGUGAACCUCAGGUAGCCGAUGCAUGGUACCCGGACACGGGUGCCUCGUCUCAUGUGACUCCGGAUGAACAGAUGUUGCACCAUUCCGAGGCUUACACUGGCGGGGACGUACUCAAAGUUGGCAACGACGCAGGUUUGGAUAUUUCCUGUGUGGGUCAUGCAGUAAUCCCAUCCCGGUCUAAAAAUCUACAAAUGUCAAAUAUCUUACAUGUUCCGAAUUUGACUUUACCAUUGCUUUCUGUUUAUCGUUUUGCUAACGAAAACAAUGUGUUUUUCGAAUUUCAUAAAGAUUUGUUUCUUGUGAAGGAUUCCAACACUCAAACGGCCCUGCUUAAAGGGUCAACCUCGGCCGGGUUAUACAAGCUAUUGGUUCCCCGAGCUCACUUUGCGUUUCUGUCCACCCAGGCAUUGUCACAGGUGUGGCAUCAACGGUUGCAUUGGGUCACCCUCACAUGA